AUGUGCACCACGCACGUCUGCACCUACAGCUACCCCGACGGCCGCGUCGAGCAGGCCUGUCGGCCGGUCCUCUGCCACGCUUCCCGCCACGGCCAGGUCUGCGGCGACAACGUCCUCCUCCGGCACUCGGCCCAGUACGUGCAGUACCCCGACGGCACCCCGUCGUCCUUCCAGGCAUCCGCCCCGCUCCCGUCGUCCUUCCUCGGGUGCUUCCCUCCGGCGCCGUCGUUCAGGCGGCGUUCGAGAACGCCCAACCGUCGGUCGGCCGACGAAUCGGACCGGUCCCGCCGCAGCUCCCCGUGCGGCCGGCGGCCUCCCGGCGUCUACGUCAACGGCCAGCGCGUUCUCGACAUCAACCGCCGGGAGCGCGACCGCCACGCGCGCCGGGAGCGCAUCGUGGUGGUUGAAAACCCGCCGACGCCCAGCACGCCGCCCCAGGUCUUCAGCUUUCCUCACACGGCCCCCUCGUCGCCCGUGCUAUCGCCGCACAUCGUCGAAGCGGUGCCGCGCGAGUCGCACUCGAGAAGACCCGUCAUCGUCGACGAGCGUCCGCGACCCCACGUCGAGGUGGUCGACGGCCCGCGGGGCAAGCACUCUCGACACCCGUCGGCGGCCACGCAGGGCCGGCCAUCGUUUGGCGCCGCCGAGGACGACGCACGGCAACGGCGGCGCGAGCGCGAGGCCAUCCGCCAGGAGCGUCGGAAGCGCCAGGCCGAGGAUAGGGAAGCCUGCGAGAGGGUGAUUCCCGACGAUCGCGCUCGCCAGCGCAUCGCCGAGGCCAACGCCGAGAUUGCGAGCCGUCCGGCCGUGCCGAUGCCGUCGAUGCCGAGACGUGCCUCCUCGUUUGCCGCCCGGGAAGGCCGGGACCGUGAGGCCGAGCUGAUGGCUUCCCUCGGCCGGCUCGACGACCGCGAGAGACGCCGGGAGGAGGAGCUGGCGCGCCGGGCCAAUCUCCGCGAGAGGGCGGUGCCGCGACGAAGGGCCACGGUCGGACCGGGCAGCCGCCGCCACCGCGUGCUCUACGACGACGGCGUCUACCGAUGGGAGUGA